GGUUGGCAAACUGCUAUAGAACAAAAUGACAAACAUUUUUAUAUGCAUAUAACUGAAGUAAAUGAAGUUAGUGAGUUACUGCCAGGAUAUAGGUGUCUUUCUGGUAGCAAAUUUAGUGAUAUUGAAACAGCAUCAAAUUAUGCUAUAACAAGUUUAUACUAA